AUGUCAAAUUACCAACCUGCCGGUGGAUAUGUACUUUCUGUGGUCUGUGUGAGUGGACCGCCAGGUCCACCUGGGCCUCCGGGAGGAGAUGGUUCACCGGGCCACGAUGGUGCUCCAGGAAGUGAUGGUGCUCCUGGAGCUCCUGGAGCAAGCGAUGGAGGAGGUCAAGCACAGUUCUGCUUUGAUUGCCCACCCGGUCCUUCAGGAAUGCCUGGACUACCAGGACCACCGGGCCCACCAGGACCACCUGGCUCAAGUGCAAUGGGAGCUGCAGCUCAACCAGGGCCUCCUGGACCUCCGGGACCGCAAGGACCACCUGGAAUGGAUGGACAGCCUGGUCUUCCAGGAAGUCCCGGAAUGCCUGGAAAACUUAUAUCUGUUGCUGCAGGAGGAGGGCCAAUGGGACCUCCUGGUCCUCCAGGACCACCGGGGCCGCCAGGAAUGCCAGGAGCACCUGGCGAAUCUCCACCUGGACCGCCUGGCCCAGCAGGUGAACCUGGAAUGCCUGGUGGGAAAGGCCAACCUGGCGGACGCGGACCGCCAGGUACUCCAGGAACUUCCGGUGCUUCUGGAGCAUGUACACAUUGUCCACCACCUAGACUUGCUCCUGGAUAUUAA